CCGCCCCUUCUCCAGCGACGGCCGCGAUUGGCGGAGAGGCCGCCGCCUGCUGCUCUCCCGGCUGACGCGUGUGCGGCUGAGCAGGUGUGAACGUGCCUAGUUUGCGUGUCAUGGUCGUCGCCUGAGCGGAGCAGACGUGGUCGAGGCAGAGGCGGUGGGCUUGAACUCCAUCUUCCUCCUCCUCAUGUCGCGGGUCUCCCAGGCCUCGGGGGCCAUCUUGCCACCUCUCGGCUCCCUGAUGGGGCUGCGGAAGGCAUCGCCCGCGGACGGAGGGGAAGCCCUGGAGCCUGCCGAUCCAGGCUCCGGCUCCUUCAUGCCUUUGGCCAGGUCCUUGCAGAGAGCGGAAGCCCUCCUGCGCCACUGUGUCAACCCCCGCCUGAGGCGCCUGCUGCCGCCCCGCCCCAGCGAAGGUUCCUACGACAGCGAGGAGGAGGAGGAGGAGGCAGCGGCGGCAGCCCCGGGGAGCCUGGCCCGCCUGGCCCAGGUGGAGCGCACCUUCUUGGCCCUGAGCCGCUGCCUGCGGGUGCAGGAGAACCCGCGGACGGAGACCUUCCAGGCCCACAUGCGCCCAGAGGCAGCCCAGGGCCCCUUCUCGUACCACACGGCCCGGACCGGCGUGGCCCGCCACUGCGCCACGCUGCACGCCCUGCUGCAGCACCGCCACCGCCUGCGCCUUGCCCGCCACUACAGCCUCCGCCUCCGGGCGGCCUCGGACUUUGUGCGCCGCUUGGCUGCGGCGGAGCGCUGCAGGCAGGACGCCGGCCAGCGGGGGCGCCUGCUGCGGGGCCUCUGUGAGGAGCUGCGCACCCACGCCCUGCACUGGGAGGGCCUGCAGCGGCGCCUCCACAGCGACCCCUGGCUGCGCUCGGUGCUGCUGCAGCGCCCCGAGGCCGUGCUGCGCAUGAAGGAGGCCCUCACCCUGCUGGCGCUGCGGGCCAGCCUCCUGCUGGAGCGCCAGAUCGAGGCCCUUCUGCGCAGCUUGGCCCGGGGCGCCAGCCUGCCCCCAGCCCCGCUCGCCGACCUCUUCCAGGGCCUGGAGAUCUACAACCAGGUGGUGAGCCACCCGGGCUUGCAGCGGGCCUUUGCCGAGCUGCCAGCCGAGCCGGCAGGGGGGGAGGGGGGGAGCGCCCACGGCUUCCCGGUGGAGAGGGUGCUGGGCAUCCUGGCGGCAGAGAGGGGCAGGCUGGCAGCCCGGAGGCUGCACUUGCUCCUCCCAGCCCAGCAGGCUGGCGCUGGGGAAGCGGCCCCUUGGGAGGGCCCUGCCGAGGCCUGGCUCCGGGGCUGGGCCCCCCAGGCGCCUCCGGCCGGCGAGGAGCCCUCCAGCCUCUCGGCAGAACUGCAGGCCCUGUGCCAGGAGGAGGAAGCACUCAUGCUGCUGGUGCUGGGCAAGCUGGUGGCCUCCAGCGACAGCCUGUGGCAUCACGUCCUCCACCGGCCCCAGCCGGAGAAGCCUCUCCAGUGCCCGGAGCCAUCUGACGUGUCCGCGGGCCCCGACGCUGCCGCCCUGCCCAGCUGGAAGGCCGUGCGCUGGUGGGAUGCCUCCUUCGCCGAGGCUGCAGCCGUGCUGUAUGCCCGCUACCGCCCGCUCCUCUGGAGAGCCACCGCGGCCUCCCUGGCCCACCAGCUGGAGCUCCAGCCAGCCCUGGCUCAGUCCCGGGAGUGGGUUGCCGCCACCUGGGGCCAGCGGCUGAGCCGUGCUGUGGCGCAGGCCCGUGUGCCUCCGGAGAGUGCGGAGGAGCUGAGGGCCCUGGCGCUCCACCUGCUGAUGCGUGACGUCCGCCAGCACUGGGACCGAGGCUUCUGCCGUGCCCUGGGCUCCAGCCUCACCGACAAGUGCGUGGCCAAGGCAGCCCCGGCCCAGGCGGCCGCCUGCAGCCAGACCGCGCAGCACCUGCAGCCCCUCUGCCUGCCGCUGGCCUUCAGCCUGAGCUGCUGGGAUGCCCAGCCUGCCGAGGACACAGCCGGCCAGCCCUCCGGCCCCACACGCCUCCGCCUGGAGCUGCUCUCCCUCUUGCUGGCCACCAGCCACGCCUCCUGCUACUGGGUCAUGAGCAAAGCCCACCAGUACUUGGCCUCCUGGUCACUCAGCCAGUUCCUGCUCGUGACCCAGGGAGACCUGCAGCUGCUGAAGGCAGAGAUGAACAAGUUGUCAGCUCUGGUGAGCUCGGCCUUCUUCGGCGAGGGCCGGAGGGAGGAGAGCCCCCUCGCCUCUCACUGGCAGCAGGAGCUGAGCCUGCAGGUCCUCUCCAGCGCUGCCAGCAUCCAGCUGUUUGCCAAGGAUGUGCUGAAGCUCUUCUCUUCGGAUUGCAAGCGCAUGUCAGCAGAGAUCUUCGGCCAGACCAUGCCGCUGGGCAAGCACUGGCGCCUGGCCCUCCAAACAGAGCUGCCCUCCGCCCCCAGCGAGUAUGCCUCCGCCGCUGCCCAGACCGUGCUGGGCCAGGUCCUGCAGGGCCUCCAGCUGCUUCCCCAAGAGGCCCAGGCCCCAGCCCUCAGCCAGGUCACCACUGCCUUCUUAGAAGCCUGGAUGGACCACAUCCUGGCCCAGAAGAUCGUCUUCAGCCUCCAGGGGGCCCUGCAGCUGAAGCAGGACUUCGACCUCGUGCGGGAGCUGCUGCAGUCGGAGGACUCGGGCCUCUCCCUGGAGAUCAGGCAACUGGUGCUCUCCCUGCGCGUCUUCCAGCAGGUGGACAACGCCCUGGCCUGCCUCCUGCAGCAGCCCGCCAAGGCCUCCCUGCCCUCCCACACCUGGGACACCUUCCGCAAGUGCUGCUCCUCCAACGGCAUCCACACCCAAGAGAGCGGCGCCGGCAGCUUGAACAGCCUGGAGAGCUUGGAAGGGCUGCCUGUCCCAGCUGGGGCUGCCCUGCCGAGCCAGGCGGGCGACCUGCUGAGCCGCAUGCAAGCAGGGGGCUGCAGCCCCGAGACCUACCUCAGCCCCACGCAGCAGGAGUGGCUGGCGCUGCGGCUGCAGGGGGGCCGGCGCUGGAAAGUGCCGGGCCUGCCCUGUAUGAGCCGGGCCACCGAGCCCUGAGUGGCAGCGGGUGGCGCUCCCGGCACGGGCCUCCCCUCCUCCUCCUCCUCCCCCCCCCCGUGCCGCUGCUCUGGGGUGCGGAACGGGCGAGGCCUGGCAGGGGGGGUGGCAGCUGCCACCUCUUGCGCACCCCGCUGCCGCCACCAUCUUGUGGCCACGCCUCCACGGUGCUAGAAGGGGAGCGGUGAGCCCCUCUUCGUGUGGAUCAGCAAGACGUCCAGGAGGGCCGGCGCCCAGCUGAAGCAGCCCACCACCACCACCACCACUUGCUUGCCCGGCCGUCGCUGAGGGCAGGAAGAGACUUCUGGGCUCUGUGACUGAUAGGAAGCACUGCUCCUGCCACAACGCAGCGGAGCCGGGGGGGGGGGGCUGGGGAGGAGGCACAACUGUCUCUGAUCCUCUCUCCCCCACUGCAGCAGUAAUGAGAGCUGAGCUGUCUGCAAGGUGGCCAUCUGUCAGGUAGAGCCAAGCGGGCAACCAUGCAGCUCAACCCAGUGAAUGACCAGCCUGUAGGGGGGUCAGGGCUGGUUUGGGGUUUACCUGAUCACCUCCUACAGUUUUGUUAACUCUGCAACUGCCAAACCCUUAAUUUUGAUUUUAAAAUACAUCUGUGGUAAUAUGCCUGGACUGGGAAGGUAACAAUAAAUGGAAAAUUCAGAAGUGCUGGUGGAAAGCGGAUGGGCAACCUGUUCCGGACACGGGCUGCAGCCUGAGGUUUUUUGCCUUGAUCUGGGCCUCUUUUUAGCAUCCGAAAUGGCAGCAGUGGUGAGGAGUGGCACAGAGAGCACCAAACGAAGAGCAUAACCGAUCUGAAAUGAAGAAUCCAAAAAGCAACCUGACAGAUGCAAUAAUACGACAGAAAGAAAAACAACAAACAAAUAUAUAAAUAUAAACUAUAUUGAAAAUUGAGUAAUCAUCUAAACAUGGUGUGUAUAUAUAAUUAAAUCAUGUAAGGCAAAUUUGCAGGCAAAACAUAAAAUUCAUCCAACAACAAAUAAUUGAAUGAGAUGAAAGAACUAAAUGUGCAAACAGCAGCACUCCAGUAAUAAUGCUGUCUCGAAUAUCUUUCAAGUAUUCAUAAAAGUUCAUAUAUUCUUCCAAAAAUGUCAAUAAGAUCUUCAGAACUUCAAUGUUGUGGAAUAAAUCUUAUUUGUGGGAGACCACAGGACUUCUCUUAUGAUGCGAUAAUUCUCUUCAAAGGUUUCUGAGAGACCUUUGAAGAAUACAUGAACUUCUAUAAAUACUGGGAAAAGAUAUUUGAAACAGUGUUGUUAUCGUUUGCACAUCUAGUUCUUUCAUUUGAUGGACUAUACUGUUCUCUUGUUCAGUUCUUUGUUGUUGGAUGCAUUUUAGGUUAUGCCAGCAAAUUUGCCUUACACGACUUUAUUAUCUUGAUUGAUUGAUUGAUUAAGUGCUGUCAAGUCAGUGUCGACUCUUAGUGACCACAUCCAGGAUGAUCUGUCUUCAACUUGGCCUUUAAGGUCUCUCAGUGGGGCAUUCAUUGCUGCUGUAAUUGAGUCUAUCCACCUUGCUGCUGGUCGUGCUUUUCCCUUUCCUUCAACUUUCCCCAGCAUUAUAGACUUCUCAAGGGAGCUGGGUCCUUGCGUAAUGUGUCUGAAGUAUGAUAGUUUGAGCCUGGUCAUUUGUGCCACGAGUGAAAAUUCUGGAUUGAUUUAUUCUAUGAUCCAUUGGUUUGUUUUCCUGGUUGCCCAUGGGAUCCUCAAAAGUCUUCUCCAGCACCCAAUUUCAAAAGCGUCAAUACUUUUUCUGUCUUUCUUCUUCAAAGUCCAGCUUUCACAUCCAUAGAGUGUCACAGGGAAAACCAUUGUCCGAACGAUUCUAAUCCUUGUGGGUGUAGAGAUGUCACAGCACCUAAAUAUCCUCUCCAAAGCCUUCAUUGCAACCCUACCAAGUGCUAGUCUGUGGCGUAUUUCUUGACUGCUGGAUCCUUUACUGUUGACGGUUGAUCCUAAAAGGCAGAAGUUAUCCACUACUUCAGUGUCAGUUCUGAGGCUGGUUGCUGUACCCAUAGACAUUAGUUUAGUCUUCUUUACAUUUAGUUGUAGUCCCAUUUUUUUCACUGUGCUCCUUGACUUUCAUUACUAGAGCUUGCAGAUCAUCUGCAUUCUCAGCUAUCAGAGUGGUGUCAUCAGCAUAGCACAGAUUAUUGAUGUUUCUUCCUCCAACUUUAAAACCACGCUCAUCUUCUUCCAAUCCAGUUUCUCUCCGUAUAUAUUCAGCAUAUAAAUUGAAUAAAGAGGGAGAAAGUAUACAGCCUUGUCUUACUCCUUUGCCGAUCUGGAACCAGUCUGUUUCACCAUGUUCUGUCUGGACUGUGGCUUCCUGCUCUGUGUCUAGGUUUCUCAUGAGAACAAUGAGAUGUUCUGGGAUGCCCAUUUUCCUAAGGAUAUUCCAGAACUUGACAUGGUCAACACAAUCAAAGGCUUUUCUGUAGUCAAUAAAGCACAUGUUAACUUCUUUCUGGUAUUCUUUAGCUUUCUCAAUUAUCCAGCGUGCAUCAGCAAUGAUAUCUCUUGUUCCUCUGCCUUUUCUGAAACCAGCGUGAACAUCUGGCAUUUCACUUUCCACGAAGGGCUCUAAUCUGCGUUGGAUGAUCCUAAACAUUAUUUUGCUAGCAUGUGAAAUUAAGGAUAAUGUGCAAUCUGUUAAGUCUCCUUUCUUUGGUAUGGGUAUGUAGACUGACCUCUUCCAAUCUGUUGGCCACUGUGUCUUUCUCCAAUUUUGCUGGCAUAGUUUGUUUAGAGCCUUGACUGUUUCUUCUUCUGUUGCCUGCCAUAUUUCUGUAGCUAUUCCAUCAAUUCCUGUAGCCUUCCGACUUGGUAAUGACCAGAGUGCUGAUCUAACUUCAUCUUCCCGUACUAGAGGUUCUUGAAUGUAGGGAAUGUCUUGUAAAGUAUCUUGGAUGUUGACGUCCCUGCUGUACAGGUUUUCAGUAUAAUCCUUCCAUCUCUGUUUGGUCUUCUCUGAAUCAGUUACUAUCUGCCCUUUGGCAACAUACCAAUUCAAGGUUGGAACCUCCCUCUGAGUUCAGAGAUCUUUUGGAAAACUUGCCUUGUUUUUCCGUGUCUAUUUCCAUCCUCAGGGUCUUUACAGAUGUCAUUGUAGUAUUGCUCCUUGUCUCUUCUAACAGCUUUCUAAAAUUCCCUAUUAAGUUCCUCCCUGAGGUCUUUAUCUUUCUUGACUUUGGCUUCUCUCCUCUUUUGGGCAAUUUCCACCAUCUGUUCUGAUAUCCAUUUUGCUUUCUUCUGUUUCUUGGUCUUUGGCAGUCUCUUUUCACAUUCAUCCUUAACAGCUUCUUUGAUUUCAUUCAAUAGUUCCUCUAGUUCCCUCUCAAUGUUCAGAACUUCAAAGCGGUUCCUGAUGUUCUGCUUGAAAAUGGUAGGUACAUUCUCAAGAUCAUAUUGUGGAAGCUGGAUAGCUUUGUUUUUCCACUUUAGCUUGACUUGGAACUUUCACAUGAGCAGUUCGUGAUCAGUUCCACAAUCGUUCCCUGGCCACGUCUUUGCUGUUAUGAGCUCUUCCACCUCAUUGCACCAAUAAUAUAAUCAAUUUUAUUUGUAUAGCCGCUGCUUUGGUUGUUUAAAGAAUGUGUUAGCAAUGAACUUGAGCAUAAAACUCAUCAAUUUCC